AUGUCCGAAUUCAGACGUGCCUUGGUGGAACUCUUGCUACUUCUCCCAGCAGAAAAAGCGGCCUAUGUUAAUGAAGUCUCAUCGCAAUCGGGACUGGAACUUGAACCAACGAUUUUGACGAUCUUACAUGGCAACUAUGAUCAUUUGCUAGCCAAAGAGAAGUUUGGCGCUGUCUUAGAAGGUACAGAGGCUAUUCAAAUUACUUCGCAGUACCCUCAUAAGAGUCUUCGAGUAGUGCUAGACGAGUUAGCACAUCUCUUGAUCGAAAGGCUUCCCUCCAUUUCGUGCCAACUCAUUGCCAUCACUUUUCUCCAGCUCUUCGUGCAGUGUAACUUUACAGGUCCACAAAGCGAUGUGUCGGCGAAAACCAUGUGGUUUCCCAAUGUGGAAGACUCCGCUUUGCAAGCAGAUGCAGUAAACAUGUUGAGCAUCGAAGGAAAAUGUGCGUAUGACUUGAUGCAUGAGCCAACACUAUUGGCUUUUUCUCUUGUUCUUUUGGAGAACCUUCAACACGUGCAACACUCUUUGAUACAGCUUGACCACACGGUCUCCAUCGAAGAUGUCACUGCCGACACAUUGUACACAAUCGAAAAACUUGCAAUUCUUCAUUCCCCAGAAAAUGCUUCUCUUUCUUGGUGGAGGGCCAGGGCAUUGCAAGUUCAUCUUUCUGUACUUUCAGAACCGUCUGAUAUUUUGGCAUCUGUGACAUCUUCUCUUUUGAACGCUGACUUGGUUGAGGCUUUGAGCUCUGCGGAGGACCCUGAAUUGAGUAGGCAUGUACAUUUAGUGUACUUAUUAGAAAGCGCCAGAAACGGAAUACAUGCUCAAACUGAGCAUCUCGCAGAACCCUUUUUGCACAAGGCAGCAGACGUCGCCCAGCUUCAAUUUGUGCUCACUGGCGCCAAAGCUAAAAGAACUAAGUUCCAGACUUUCCAUACGGCAUCCUUGGUCUUGCUUGCUAAAAGUAAAGAUGCGGGAAUUUAUACUACUUCUGAAGCGCAACACACCCCCGAGAGCUUCGACUUGAACUCUGAUUUACUCUUGGAAAAGCCACAAUAUGAGUCUUUGGGAGAUGUUGCCCCAGAGGAGGAGCCUAACACAAAGAAAUUAAGACUAGACAAUGUUUCACAUUUUACUCAGGAGGGCAAAAGACUCUUACCCAUUUCCAUGACCCCAGAUGGAAUCCCCGCUGAUCUUCGUGAGUUGGACCCAAAUAACCAACCAUCGCUUUCUGACUUAGACAAUGUCCAACUUUUGUUAAGACUCACAACCAUUAGACAGACCACGCCGGUCGGAAACUCGAUGGUUGAAGAGGAACUCUCGGCCAUUGUCAAUAGAAUAGUGUUUUCAACACCUAAAACCACCAAUUGGACGGUUUUUGGCAGAACUUUGUGGGAGCGGUCCUCUUUGGAAACUAACAAGGCAAGGACCGUUGAAAGAGGUAUUUUGCAGAUGACAUCGUUGGUCGAAGAAGUGGGUGUCAACAUUAAAAGUCGAAUGAUCCCUCAAGCCCAAGACUCAAAGGAGGCAGAGUCUUCGGCGGUGUCAUCUCGUCUUAGAUUUAUUCACCAGCUUCCUCUCAUGGCACAAUGGACCAUGGACUCAAAGCUCGCCGAGAAAUAUAUGUCACUUGGAGUGUUAAAGUCUGCGAUUGAAAUAUAUGAGCGGUUAAACUUGAUGACAGAGGCUGCUUUAUGUUAUGCUGCAGUUGAUGACGAAGUCCAAGCAGAAAAGCUCUUGAAGGAGCGUAUUCGGACUCACCCUGAGGAUUCAAGGGCCAUUUCGAUUUUGGGCGAUAUCAGGCAAGAUCCUGCCCUAUGGGAAAAGGCAUGGGACAUUGGGAAGUAUGCCAAGGCGAAAGCUUCGUUGUCUAGAUUUUACUACAAGCCUCCUACUCAUACGGGACUCCAACGCGAUCUCGAGACCUCCAUUUCUCACAUGCAAGAUUGCUUGAGCGCUAGUCCACUUUCUUACGAAAAUUGGUUUUUCUAUGGCUGUUGUGGAUUAGAGGGACAAAAUUUUGAAUUGGCAUCGGAAGCCUUCACCAGAUGUGUCUCUUUGGAUGACACGCAAACACAUGCUUGGUCUAACUUGGCUAGCGCUCUAUUGAGACUUGACAAAACCAGACAAGCAUUUACUGCGUUGAAAAGAGCUUUGCAGCAAGGUGAAGGUUCUAAAAGAUCAUGGAGGAUCUUCGAGAACUAUCUCACAGUGGCUGCAAAAUUGGGUGAAUGGAAUGAGGUGCUUCAUGCUACCAAAGAGUUAAUUGAAAUUGGCAAAGAAAGCGGAAGCGAGGUAAAAGUUGAUAUAACAGUCAUAGAAACUUUGGUUCAGAUACUUGUCGAGGAGCCAUAUCCAACGGAGGGUCGACUUACACAUUUCCAAUCAUCUUGUAUAAACUUGGUGUGUGAAGUCUUACCAACGGUCAUCAAUCACUCAGCUAGAUUAUGGAGAAUAGUCAGCAAAGUUGAGCUUUGGAGAGGAAAGCCAUGGACUGCCUUGGAAAGUUUCGAGAAGGCAUACCGCGCAACAUCACUUCGACCUGAAUUGACUACAGAUGAAGCUAUGUGGAAUGAGGCUGUCGAAUCAUGUUCGGAUCUCAUCUCUGCUUACGAAUCGUUUGGAGAUCUUCCCGGAAAGCAUGAUGCUGGGGAUGUAGUAUGCAAAGACUGGAAGUACAAGGCCAGAAGCAGCAUUAGAUCAUUGAUGUCAAAGGGUAAACUCAUGUGGGAGGAUUCCGAAGGUUGGGAGAGAUUGAUUGCCUUGAAAGAGGAUCUAGCGCAAGUAUAA